AUCCGAUGAAACUCAAUUUCCGUUUUCUAAAAACAUGGGAUAAAUCAUAUUUACAUUAUAUCAAACUGAAUGGAAGACGCACAAUUAUACGUUUUUUUAAAUUCAACAUCUCCUUUUAUAUAACAUGGAAUUCGUCAAUAGAAACAGGCACAACUGACUCAACAGAAUUGUUCCUUCUGGUUUCAACAUCGUGCAGUCUUCUGGUGUUUUUAUUAUCAAUUGCAUCAUUAAUAUACUGCCAUCAAAAGCUUACAACUCUAAAAGUAACAGAAACUAAAACCCAACAAAAUAAUCUAUAUAGUGUAGAGGAAGUUAAUACAGAUGAAGAUAUUGAAAACGAGCCUGAUGAGACUCCAGAGGAUCCUAUUUAUAACAGCUAUGAAGAACCUUGUUACAGCAUUCUCAAGCUAAAGGUUAACCGAUCAUCUUUGUGUGUAAUGGAACAGCCUUGAAGCUUCAUGCAGUUUUAAUGA